GAGCUCUGUCAAAAAAAUUGACAGAUAUUGCAAAAAAAAAAUAUCUGAAAAGUGGAAAAGCAAUCCUUUAUCUCUUUAAUUUCAUAUCUUUAUGCACAAAACAAAAUAUUAAAAUUCUUUACUAUCUAAUUUACAAUUAUGAUAAAAUUAUUUUCUUUGAAACAACAGAAAAAAGAUGGCGAGGGAACGCCAAGAUCUGGAAAUCAGAAAAAAGCAUCUGCAGCUCAGUUAAGGAUAACUAAAGAUCUAAGCGAAUUGAAUCUACCUAAAACCUGUUCGACGGAGUUUCCAGAUCCCGAUGAUCUAUUAAAUUUUAAACUCGUUAUAUGUCCAGAUGAGGGAUUUUAUAAAGGAGGACGAUUUAUAUUUAGUUUUAAAGUAGGGCCAAAUUAUCCCCAUGAACCUCCAAAGGUUAAAUGUGAAACGCAGGUGUAUCAUCCAAACAUUGACCAACAAGGCAAUGUGUGCCUAAAUAUUUUAAGGGAAGAUUGGAAGCCUGUUUUAACUAUAAACAGUAUUGUGUAUGGAUUACAGUAUCUAUUUCUUGAACCUAAUGCAGAGGAUCCUUUAAAUAAAGAAGCUGCUGAAGUCUUAACAACUAACAGAAGAGUAUUUGAACAGAAUGUUCAAAAAGCAAUCAGAGGUGGCUAUGUGGGUGGUAUUUACUUUGACCGUUGUCUUAAGUGAUUAUUUUUUUUAAAUACUGGAAAGUAUGUAAUUAAAUAUAACGUAAAUACUAAUAUAAGGACAUGAGAGAAUCA